CACAUGACAACCCGUCGCCUCUUUUAGUCGAUCUGCGGAGCAGUUCGGACGCGAAAGUCUUUCUUCUGGCCAUUUUUCCGGUGCGCCGUUGUCGAAAUUGCAGCCGUCGUCGCUGAGUGAAUUUCGUUUGUUUAUUUGCUCUUCUCGUGAAAGUGCUUCGGGCGGUGCGUGACAAUAGGAAAAUAUGGCCCCGAACGCUGCGGUACCACUACCAAAACCGGAACAGGAACAGUCUGACACUGGCAUCAAUGCUGUCCUGCUGGGACCACCCGGGUCGGGCAAAGGAACACAGGCCCCGCUGCUCAAGAAAAAAUUCUGCGUCUGCCAUCUAUCCACAGGGGAUAUGCUGCGCGCGGAAAUAGCUGCCGGCUCGAAGCUGGGUGCCCAGCUUAAGAAAGUGAUGGAUGAGGGCAAACUGGUGUCGGAUGAUUUGGUGGUGGACAUGAUCGACUCAAAUCUUGACAAGCCCGAGUGCAAGAAUGGUUUUCUGCUGGACGGCUUCCCCCGGACAGUCGUACAAGCUGAAAAGCUAGAUCAAUUGCUUGAAAAGCGUAACACCGGCUUGGAUGCUGUGGUAGAGUUUGGCAUCGAUGAUAGCUUGCUGGUCCGUCGUAUUACGGGUCGAUUGAUUCAUCAGGCCAGUGGCCGAUCGUACCAUGAAGAGUUUCACCCACCCAAAGUGCCAAUGACGGAUGAUGUAACCGGAGAGCCACUGAUGCGUCGCAGUGAUGAUAAUGCAUCGGCACUGGUCAAGCGUCUCGAGGCGUACCAUAAACAAACGAAACCACUAGCCGACUACUAUGCUCUGCGUGGUCUGCAUUUUAGAAUCGAUGCUGCCCGUAGCGCAUCGGAAGUGUUUGCCAACAUCGACAGUAUCUUUAUGAAGCAACGGAAAGCAAGGUUAGGUCUGUAAGAAGUAGUUACGGGAAGCAGCAAUUUGGCAUUUGUCAACCAACCUGAUAAUGUGAACAGUUGAAUAUCCGGAACAACCAUAAUGCUACCUUAUCUUGAGAUCCCACAGUGAUCAACUGUUUUAAACUGAAAACGCUUGUACCGAAACUGGCAUUCGUCGGGAAUUGCUCGCAACAUCCUUAGUUCUUUCACUUACCAACAACUUGCAUUUUAUCACAAUUAUUUCACUACACAAUACGCAGUAAAAGGGUUCAAUCUACGUGGGCAUAAUUACAAAUUACAGUGAACAUCAUUAGAUAAACAGUUUUCUAUAUUAAAAUUUUUAACGAUGUAUUUUCAACUGAUGAAAAUGGGACAAAGCCUACUUUGUAUACUAUAAUCGAGUAGCAUAUCUAUCACAGUGAGACGGGAUUAUGACAUAACUGUAUUAAAAUGAAGCGAAAAAAAGACGCAUUGACUUUUGAAACCAUACGUUGUCAAAGACGAGCGAUGAUUACAUAGUACAAUAAAGUGAUAUGUGUGUUUCGAAA